CUGUUCUCUUCUCUUCUGUUAUCAUCUUUCCCUUUCUUUCUCUCUCUUUCUCUCUCUCUCUCACACACACACCUCCUUUCUUUCUUUCUACUUGUAUAUCAAAGGAAAAAGCACAACAAAGGAAAAAUCAUAAAGGAAAAAUCAAGACAAUAAAGCACCAAUAACAAUUAACAAUGGCAUCCUCUCUUUUCAUCUUUUGAUCAUCCCCAUUUUUGAUUUUACUUACUCCAUUGAUCCACCAUUCCCUUUUUCUCAAAACCCUAGGCACCUCAUUGGGUUGGGUCCCCAAACCUUCAAAAAAGCACCAUCACAUCCACAUACAUCCUUUUUUCUUCUUCUUUCAUUUUGAUUCCCAUUUCCCGUUUCCCAAUUUCCCAAUUUCCCAUUUCUUUUCUGUUUUAUAUUGGUUUUCUUCACUGUUGUAAAUCUUUCAUCUCUCUUUACCAAAUCUGUAAGCUGUCAGCUUCUGCUACAGAACUCAUGACUAUAUCUAAUACCUUGUAACCGGACACCCACACACACACUCAUGUACAUGGAUGUACCUCUACAGAUCGAAUGUCAAAUAGGGUAAAAGCCUUGUAACAACAACUGAACUUAUCAGUCUGUAAUCAGGUGGAUGCACCUCUUUGUUCCUAAGAAUUCAGGAGGUUCAACUUCAAAGGAAUUCAUUCAUUGAUUCGCUCAGAAUGGCAUCAGAGCAGACCAGAUUUCUACAGCACCAACAACAACAACCAGCGUCUUCCCGGCGAAAGAGAUGGGGAGGAUGUUUAACUGGUUUAUCUUGUUUCGGGUUGCAAAAAGGUGGAAAGCGUGUUGUACCUGCAUCUCGUAUGCCAGAAACCCAUGCAACAGCAAACCAGCAAAACGGACCUCAAGCUGUCGGAUUAACCAAUCAAAACAACGCAGUACACCCAUCACUCUUAGCUCCACCAUCUUCUCCGGCUUCCUUCUCAAAUUCUGCACUUCAAUCUACAGUCCAAUCACCGAACUGUUUCCUCUCUGCAAACUCUCCCGGAGGUCCUUCAUCCACCAUGUUUGCCACCGGACCAUAUGCCCAUGAGACACAACUUGUAUCUCCUCCUGUCUUCUCCACCUUCACCACUGAACCAUCCACAGCUCCACUCACACCACCACCGGAGCUAGCUCAUCUGACCACCCCUUCCUCCCCUGAUGUCCCUUACGCUCAAUUCCUUUCAUCUACUUUGAAUCUCAAACGUGGAGAUAAAACAAAUUACAUGACUGCAAAUGACCUCCAAGCAACAUAUUCUCUCUACCCCGGAAGUCCGGCGAGUACUCUCCGGUCACCCAUCUCAAGAACAUCCGGUGAAGGGCUAUCAUCGUCUUUUCCAGACAGAGAUUUCAGCCCUCAAUGGAACCCUUCAACACCUUCUCAAGAGAACAAACCCCAAGAUGCGAAUUUCUUCUGCCCUGAAACAUUCGCACAAUUCUAUCUGGAUCAAUCUUCCUUCCCUCAUUCCGGUGGUCGGUUGAGUGUUUCCAAGGAAUCAGACGCCGGAAACAACAACGGAAACGGUGUUUCCGGAGUUCAAAGCAGACCGAGUAAAGCAUGCAAACAAGAUAUUGAAGAAUUAGAAGCUUAUAGAGCUUCAUUUGGGUUUAGUGCUGAUGAAGUUGUGUCAACUGCUCAUUAUGUAGAGAUCUCUGAUGUUAUGGAUGAUUCUUUCUCCAUGAUGCCCUCCGAGGGCAAAACCGUCCCAACCCCAAAAUCUUGCAAAAUGGAAUCCCAGAAAGAUGUUGAGCACAGUUUAACGGAUGAUGAAGAUAUAUUUUCAAGGAUGGGGGGAUCAAGAAUGAAUGGGAAGUAUCAUCAUCAAUAUCAUAUGGGAAGGGGGCAAUCGAAUUCUGAUGCAGAAGUUGAGUAUAGAAGAGGGAGAAGCUUGAGAGAGAGUAGAGGGAAUUCCAAAUGUCGGCACACAAUCACCGCCACGCACCGCCCACAGCUUCCACUGAGCCACCUCCUUCCUUCCCUUCCAUAUUUAUCCAUAAACAAUCUACAGAGUGAUUCAAAUUCAGCUACAAGCUCUCCAGUUUCUUCCUUCUCUAGAUUCUUCAAGCAAUUAGUAUCCCCCACCAGGAAAUCCCCGAAAGAUACAUGUGAGGCGCCCUUUUCAGCUCCGCUUCCUGGUGGUUCCGAUGACGAUAUUCACCAGGUGUUUAAUUACUUUGACGAGAACGGAGACGGAAAGAUAUCGGCCGAGGAGCUGAAGAACAGAUUGAGGAAGGUAGGAGGAGAGGAGCAUGAGUUAUCGGACGAGGAGGCGGAGAUGAUGGUGAGGUUAUCGGAUGCGGACGGAGACGGGAUGUUAGGGUUGGAUGAUUUUGCGAAGAUGAUGAAGGAAGGGGAGGAGGGGGAGCUGAGGGAGGCGUUUGUGAUGUAUUCAGGGAAUUCAUCAAUUAAGGCAGAGUGUGUGAUCACUCCCAAGAGCUUGAAGAAGAUGUUGACACGGUUAGGGCAGCCGACCACCCUGAACGACUGCAAGACGAUGAUCGGAAGAUUCGAUGUUAAUGGGGACGGGGUACUGGAUUUCAAUGAGUUCAGGGCCAUGAUGAGCUAA